CGCUCACACCCAGAGACGCAUCGGGAGUCGAGAGAGCAAGCCAUGGUGGCUUUCAAUCGAAUACUUCGCAAUGGGGGAUUGCGACGGAAGAAUGGCCUUCGCGAGGUCCUGCUCGGCUGUCGGUCCAUGGCGCGAGAUGCUGCAACAGUGCUGUGCCCAGCGAAACCCCUGUCUGAUGUGAACAGCAUGGACGCGACAAUGGGAAUGCCAAAUUUUACCGUGAUGCACGGCCCGCCCAGCUGACCCGUCCAACGUCUGUCGGCCGCCUGGAGCGAAGAAGCAUAAUCAUCGCACGCUACGCAUUUGCCACCAUGGUGCGGCGAGUGUCUUCGCGUGUUCCGACUGGCCCGCUGCGCAUGGCAACGCGCUCAGGUCAAACGGCACGAGGCCGCCCUUCCAAGAGGGAAACGUCUCCUCCGCAGCCGGACAAUGAAGUUGCCGCAGACGCAAAGGAGACAAAGGCUGCGCUCAAACACCCUUUUACUUCGUCGCCAGAGCCAGCGCCGCUUCCAAUCCCAGUUUCAGUUCCAGCUCCAGCACCAACACCCGCACUUAGUGUCUCGCGACCAAAGGCAUCCACAUUGAAGCUGUCGACACGCAAGGGAAAGGAGCGCGCGAUCGAGCCAACCCCGUCGCAGGAAAGCGUCGGCGGGUUCGAUUCUAGUCAACGAAGCGUACAUUUUAGUCAGAAUGUCGUAGACACGGAUGAUCAGCGGCUGCAGCUGCAGGCGACCUCGGCCGCAGCCUGUCUGGCGGCACCAAGCGGCAUGCCAGCGGCAGCAGAAAUCGGGGGUAGUCACGCUGCGCCCCAUCCCGAUGCUGGCGGCGCACCCCCACCGAAGAGAACACGUAUCAACUUCGAAGACAAGCUCAGAGCAGACACUGCUGCUGCCCGAGCUGCGUCUGCCACUGUUUCCACAUCAGACAGCCUCCACGCCGACUCCCGAACGCCAGCAUUGGCCGCUCUGUCGGGUACUUUACCGCAUCGUGGUCCCGGGGUGUCCGGCCCAUCCGAAUCGAUGCUCCGGCGUAGCUCGGCGGAUCACUAUUUCGAAGCCUUCGCCGCGUCGUCUGCAUCACGCAAGAAGAAGCGUGUUACCUCCGACGCGCUCAUCAGCGAACUGCUACCAGAUCUGACGACGGAGAUGGUCGCAGAGCUAUACGACCUGCCAACAAUUGACCAGCCCAAGGCAUCAGUUGCAUCUGCCUCAGUUGCGCAGCAUGCCACAGCGCGGGUCGGUGGCAGAAAAGAGCCAGGCAGCUCUUUGACAGGCAGCGGAGCGGGGAGCGCAUUCAACACGCAGGUGCUCGAAGAGUUCAAUAUCAACAUCCAUCGACGCACGAGCUAUGCAGAGUGGACGCUUUUGCUUAGCCAAGGGUUCAAGCUGCUCUUCCACGGCGUCGGCUCCCCCGAGGCAGUCCUGCAGGAUUACGUAGAGCAAAGAGCGCGGGGGGCGUACGGUACUGCGGUCGUCGUACGAGGCUACAUGCCGGGCCUGCGAAUAGAGAAGCUGCUGGAAGCGGCUGAGUCAGCUACGGCGCAAGCUGGGGAGCAAAUCUGGGACGAAUCAUCCGACGAAGAGACUGGCGGCGAGAAAGCAAAUGGCGAGGAUGAGCAAGCCGUGCGGCUGGAGGAAGAUGACCAGUCGGUCAAGCAUGCCAACCAUCUUGAGGCGAGGGCGCAUCGAUUACGCCAGAAGUACACCCCUGUUCGCAGGUCCAAGCGUAAACUUCUACCGGAAUCGAAGAUACAGACCGGAACCAGGACGGAGUCGCUACCGCCUCUCUAUCUGCUCCUCAUCGGGGUCGAUAACAAGACCUGGCUGUCCUCACGUGCGCAACGCGUCCUUGCGAUCUUGGCGCGAGCUCCACGCAUCUACCUGCUCGCGACUGCUUCACACAUCAAUUCCGGCCUGCUCUUGCUCGGUGGGAGCUCUGGCGAUGCGUCUGAGGGCGGCGUGACGGCAAUCCCCUGGCUAUGGCAGGACCUCAACACGUUUGUACCACCCAUUGACGAAAUGCUCGUCUCAUCCAGCAACAUGGCGCACAAGGGUAUUUCGCUGCCACGCGCGUUGUCGCUGCAUCUGUACUCGCACGCAGGAAGAGCAGGCGCAGAGAACUUUCCCCACGGCGCACCCUCGUCUGCGUCUACCCCUGCCGCUGCAGGGUUAGCGGGUCGCGCUGGCGCAGACCACCAUGGUGCGGACGACGAGGAGCUCAAUGUGGAGUUCUCGCCUCAUGGCGCGAUCAGCAUCCUACAGAGUGUCACAGUCAGGGCCAAAAAGCUGUUCCGGCUGAUCGCCAGCAUGCAAGUUCACCUGGACGAAGGCGGAGACAGAGGUGAGGGGGGAGCCUGCAUCCAACCUCCAGCGCCGCGGCCCGUGCUAUUUUCUGAGGUCCUCGAUCGCGCGAUGCGGGACUAUACCGCGACAUCCGAUGAUCAGAUGCGCUCGCUCCUGCCGGAAUACACUAGUCAUUCGCUCCUGCGCAUCGUUAAGUGGUCCGACGCCAACCCUCAGUUGCGCUCGCUGCAGCCAGGGAAAGAGUACCUCUGGAUCAACAUGUCGCGACAGAACAUUCUGCAUGUACUCUCGCAGUUGGAGCAACUCGUCCAGUAAGGAGAUGUCGAUGAAGCUAUACCUUCGUCUCCCAAUGCCAGGUUUCAUUGUCCGUGCCCGUACUCUUGGAAAGAUAUCCGUA